CUAAUUUGACGAAUUAAUUUUCCGGAAAAAUUUUUCACACUAUAAGCCUUGCAUAAUGGUUUUUACCCUCCCAAAUUCAUCAUCAUAGUAACGUCGUAAAUCCCCUAAUUGCAAAAACAAAGUCGACUAUGACAAUAUUUUUGCGGCCGUUUUGUCAACAGUUUUGUCAAAAGUUUAUCAUGGAAAAAAAAUCGCAAAGCAAGAUAGCGAAGAAAGAGCCCGCUUCGGAGGGUAAGACGACUCGCAACCCCUUCCUCAACUUCGUGCAAGAAUUCCGGAAGAAUAACAGAGGGAUUCCGGCGCAAGAACAGGUCGCGCGGGCCGCUGAAGCUUGGCGAAAAAUGAGCGACAACGAGAAAGCGCCCUAUUACGAGAUGGCCAAACGCGCCCCCAAGAGACGCAAGAGGAGGGGCCGCCGACGGGGCCGCAGAAUGUCAAGCUACUCCAGACAGAGGAGCGGGUCUCGAAGCUCCCGCUACAGCUAUUAAAUUUUUGUAUUCCGGUGUUAAAUAAAAAACAGUGGACGUUA